AUGCGAUUUAUUUCAGGCAGCCAUCAAAAAUACAGAGCCAUUCUGAAGAAAGAGAAGCGAAAAAAAAAGCGGCAGGCACUUGCCAAACUAAGAGACUCAGAAGCUACAGAAAAAGAUGAAUCAGUGUCUGAGGAGGAAGAGGAAGAACUGGAAGAAGAGGAAGAGGAAGAAGAAGAAGAAAAAAAACUUGAGGCAGAAAGACAAAAACUACAUGAGCAGUGGUUGCUGAGAGAAGAAAAGGCCCAAGAAGAGUUCAAGCUUAAGAAAGAAAAAGAAGAGGCUGCAAGAAAACGUCAAGAAGAAGAAGAGGCAGCUGUACAGAGGAUGCUGGAUCAAGCUGAAAGCCAGCUGGAGAAUGGUGUGACCUGGCACAACCCAGAGCCCCCAGAGAACAUAGGAACAGAGAAGGAUAGAGCAAAUUGCCCAUUCUAUAUUAAAACAGGUUCCUGCCGAUUUGGAGACAGGUGUUCUCGCAAGCAUAACUAUCCAACAUCUAGUAAGACACUACUCGUCCGAGGGAUGUUCAUUACUUUUGGCAUGGAGCAGUGCCGGAGAGAUGACUAUGACACGGACGCAAGUCUCGAGUACAGUGACGAGGAGACCUACCAGCAGUUCCUGGAGUUUUACGAGGACGUGCUCCCCGAGUUUCAGAAUGUUGGGAAGGUUGUUCAAUUCAAGGUCAGUUGCAACUAUGAGCCUCACCUGCGAGGAAAUGUGUAUGUCCAGUACCAGUCGGAGAAGGACUGUCAGGCAGCACUUGCUCUAUUCAGUGGACGAUGGUAUGCAGGCCGACAGCUUCAUUGUGAAUUUUGUCCUGUGACGAGGUGGAAAACUGCUAUAUGUGGCUUAUUUGAAAGGCAGAAGUGUCCAAGAGGGAAACACUGCAACUUUCUUCAUGUAUUCAAAAAUCCAAACAAUGAGUUUUGGGAGGCCAAUAGAGACAUACGUAUUUCUCCUGAACGGACUAGUCAGUUGUCUAAAAACUCUGAAAGGAGAAACAGGACGAGCCAUCGUGACGACUAUUACAGCCGGUCAAGGAGAAGGGGCAGCCCAAGCCCAGACCAUUCUUACCGCAGAAAUGGAGAGUCUGAGAGAAAAAAGAAUCGCCGCAAAAACAAGAGAAGGCGCCGGUCUGGCAGGUCACGAAGUCGAGAGAGGAGGAGGUCUCGCAGCAGGGGGAGGAAGAGGAGAGGCCGCAGUCGCAGCAGAAGUCAUAGUCGAACACGCAGUAGGAGCAGAAGUCGGAGUUCCUCUCGAUCCAGGAGCAGGGGUAAAAAGAGAUCGAGCAGCAGAGGAAAAAGUAGCGAAACUCCCAAAACAAAGUGAGAAUUACUUUUAGAAGGUGCUAAUUGAUCCAACGUAGAGCUGACAAAUAUUUCUAAUAGGGCACCAGAUAUAUUUGAGUUUCAAAUAAAGUGUUCUUGCACAUUAAAAUGUUUCCUCCUAAUAAAGGA